GUCCUCUUUUUCCGCAAGUUAACAAAUAUUUUAAAAAUGAAUUCUUACUUUUUUUAAGUUGGAAUACAACUGGAAUGCAUCGUGAUUAUAUUUUUAUAUUAAUACUCAUUAAUUUAAUUAGGUUGCGAAAGUUGACCACCUCUACAAUCAAUGGUUCUGCUUGGAUCAUUCUCCUUUAGAUUCUACUCCUAAACACCUUUCCGCACAGCCAUUUCUGAUCUUGUGGUUUCAAUUGUUAUUCCCUGCUUCUCUGCAACAUGGCUGAAUCGUUUGCUUUUGCCAUAGCUGAGAGUGUUUUGGGGAAGUUGGGCUCUACCCUCAUCCAAGAAGUUGGCCUUGCUUGGGGUGUUAAAACCGAGCUGGGAGAGCUCAAGGAUACUUUAUCCACCAUCCACGCCCUGCUCUUGGACGCUGAGGAGAAGCAAGCAACCAAUCUUCAGAUUAGCGAUUGGCUUGGAAAGCUCAAACUCGUCCUUUAUGAUGCAGAGGAUGUGCUCGAUGAAUUUGACUAUGAAGCUUUGCGGCAGCAGGUGGUGGCCAGCGGAUCAAGCAUUAGGUCAAAGGUACGCAGUUUCAUUUCCAGUCCAAAUUCGCUUGCGUUCCGUCUUAAGAUGGGCCAUAGAGUGAAGAAUAUAAGAGAGAGAUUAGACAAAAUUGCAGCUGAUAAGUCUAAAUUUAAUCUCUCCGAGGGAAUUGCAAACACCCGUGUAGUGCAGAGGGAGACCCACUCCUUCGUCCGAGCAUCCGAUGUCAUCGGAAGAGACGACGAUAAAGAAAAUAUUGUUGGGCUUUUGAAGCAAUCCAGUGAUACAGAGAAUAUUUCUGUUAUUCCCAUAGUUGGGAUUGGGGGGCUAGGCAAGACAUCUCUGGUUAAACUUGUGUAUAACGAUGAGAGGGUAGUGGGCCAUUUCUCAAUUAAAAUGUGGGUUUGCGUGUCAGAUGAGUUUGAUGUUAAAAAGCUGGUAAAGGAAAUCCUUAAGGAGAUCAAAGGUGAUGAAAAUUACAGUGACUUCUCCUUGCAGCAGCUGCAGAGUCCUCUUAGAAAUGCAUUAGAUGGUGAAAAGUUCUUGCUGGUUUUGGAUGACGUGUGGAAUACAGAUCGUGAGAAGUGGCUUGAGCUGAAAGACUUGCUCAUGGACGGUGCCAAAGGAAGCAAAAUUCUUGUAACUACACGCAAGAAGUCAAUUGCUUCAAUCAUGGGCACUUUUCCCAUGCAAGAAAUAAAGGGUCUUUCUCAUGAGGAUUGUUUGUCUUUAUUUGUGAAAUGCGCAUUCAUGGAUGGAGAAGAAAAACGAUAUCCAACCCUUUUAAAAAUCGGGGACCAGAUUGUUGAGAAAUGUGCAGGGGUUCCUCUGGCUGUGAGAAGUUUAGGGAGUUUACUGUAUUCGAAAAGGGAUGAAUGGGAUUGGGUAUCCAUUAGAGAUAGCGAAAUAUGGGAAUUAGAACAAAAUGAAGAUGGUAUUAUGGCUGCGUUAAGACUGAGCUAUUAUGAUUUGCCUUAUCACUUGAAACAAUGCUUUGCUCUUUGUUCCCUAUUUCCCAAAGAUUAUGAAUUUAGUAAUGUUGUUUUGAUCUCAACUUGGAUGGCAGAAGGCCUCAUUCAUUCAUCGGGACAAAAUGCCAAAAUGGAGGAUAUUGGUGAGAGAUAUAUUAAUGAGCUAUUAUCGAGAUCUUUCUUUCAAGAUGUUGAGCAGCUGAUACUAGGAGUACUAUAUACAUUCAAAAUGCACGAUCUUGUACAUGAUCUUGCGAUGUUUUUUGCACAACCUGAGUGUUUAAUACUAAAUUUUCAUAGUAAAGAUAUUCCUAAAAGGGUUCAACACGCCGCAUUUUCUGAUACCGAGUGGCCCAAAGAAGAGUGUAAAGCUUUAAAAUUCUUGGAGAAGUUGAAUAAUGUUCAUACCAUUUAUUUUCAAAUGAAAAAUGUGGCCCCUAGAAGCGAAUCAUUUGUUAAGGCAUGCAUCUUGAGAUUCAAAUGUAUACGGAUAUUGGAUUUACAAGACUCUAACUUUGAAGCAUUGCCUAAAUCUAUUGGUAGUCUGAAGCAUCUAAGAUUUUUGGACUUAAGUGGAAAUAAGAGAAUCAAGAAACUCCCUAAUUCCAUUUGUAAGUUAUACCAUUUGCAAGCUUUGUCACUCUCACGAUGUUCAGAACUUGAAGAAUUACCAAGAGGCAUAGGGAGUAUGAUCAGUUUGAGGAUGGUAUCUAUAACAAUGAAACAAAGGGAUUUAUUUGGAAAGGAAAAAGGGUUGAGAAGCUUGAAUUCUCUUCAACGAUUAGAGAUUGUUGAUUGUCUCAAUUUGGAAUUUUUGUCUAAAGGAAUGGAAAGCCUUAUUGAACUUCGAAUGUUAGUCAUUACCGAUUGUCCAAGUUUGGUUUCUUUGUCACAUGGUAUAAAACUCUUGACUGCAUUAGAGGUUUUGGCAAUUGGCAAUUGUCAAAAACUUGAAUCCAUGGAUGGGGAAGCAGAAGGGCAAGAAGACAUUCAAAGCUUUGGGAGCCUACAAAUUUUGUUCUUUGACAAUUUACCACAAUUGGAGGCUUUACCGAGGUGGCUUCUUCAUGAGCCAACUUCUAACACUCUACACCAUUUAAAGAUUUCACAGUGCUCAAACUUGAAAGCAUUGCCAGCGAAUGGUCUACAAAAGCUCGCAUCCCUUAAAAAAUUGGAGAUCGAUGAUUGUCCUGAAUUGAUUAAAAGAUGCAAGCCUAAAACCGGGGAGGAUUGGCAAAAAAUUGCUCAUAUACCUGAAAUAUAUUUUGAUGGACGAGAAAUUGCAUCAUCAACCAAAUAAUUAGGUGGUGUAGGUGAGAAAUGUGGUGGUGCUGCUGCGAUUGGAUUGAGAAUUGAGCUGGACCUGGAAGACCGAUCAAAGCUACUGUUUAGCUCUUCGUUGCUUGGGCCUUUGCUUGCUUGCUUGCUUUUUUCUGCUUAAUCAAACUCCUUGGAUUUGUUUUCAUCAGUUGGUGUUGGCUUCUUCAUUCCUGUUUGAGUGUUCAAUUUGGAUUAACAGUAUGUACCUUUGUUAUUGGCGGAGGAGAUACCAUCUUUCUUAUCUCCUUUUGCCUCUUUGACUUGUGGGAUAUUUCUUGCUUGCCUUUUUUCAGAUUGAUUUGGUUUCAUCUUCUUGAUUCUCAAUCAGUUGAACUCAUGACUUUUAUUUGUCUCAUUUCCCAUGAUAUUGAGAUAUUGGCAACUAA